GAGGAGGAGGAGGAGGGAGCCGCGCUGACAGCUGCGCGCGCAGCUUCAGUCUGGAGUCGCUACGACGGAGCCGCAAUGAAGAGAUAAAUAGCGACCGUAUCUAUUUAUUUUUGGAGCUUUCGGUCCUAUUUUCUCCGUUAAUCGAAGAGAAGCGGUCUCAGGCGACAGGCACUGAUGUCCUCUUCUGUUUAAAGGACUGAAUCAUGGAAGGCAACGAUGACGUCCGUCUAACCGCAGCGCAGCCGCAGAGCGACGUGUGCAGCACGGAGGAGCGAGGCGGGGAAGUCAUCGGGAAAGUGGAAGACGGAGAAAACCCCCUCACGGCCGACUCGUGUGACGGCAGCGGGACCAAAGGAGGGAUCUCCAACCAUGUGGACGAUCCUUCGGCGUCAGUGGUUGGUGCCUCCGCUGAGUCUCCUGGAGGAGUGGCCCUGAAAGUGGCUACCACCGUCCUCCACCCGGUGUGUCUGGGAGACAGUCCGCUGAUGCUGCCCAUCCAGCUCCAGAUGGCCGGAGCGGCUGCCCCUCAGCUCGGACAAAUAGGGGGAGCGCCCUACUUGAUAGCCAGCCAAAGCCCGGUUUCACUCCCCCUGGUCCUGGACCAGCAGGUCCUCCAGCACAUGAAUCCCUCUGUCAUCCCUCAGACCGCUGGCUGUGCACCGUUGCCCCUCCAGAACAGCGUCCUGUGUCAGAAUCCUCUGACGUUUGGUCUACCUCCAGCUAUCGACCCGAAGGGAGCAGGACAGACGCAGGAAGCCAACCUGCUGUCCCUCCUGCAGAAUCCGGCGUUUGCUGCUAUCCUGCAGGAUCUUUUCCCUCCCCAGGCAGGGUCUUCUGCCUGUCAGUCCCCAGGUUCUGCCUUUUUUCCCCUCCCUCCUCUCACACCUCCCUACACCUCCCCUUUGGCGCCUCUAGUCCCUCCUCCUACGCUCUUAGUCCCCUACCCUGUGAUCAUUCCCCUACCAGUGCCUCUGCCUGUCCCUCUCCCCAUCCCCAUCCCCGUUGCUCAAAGUGAGGACUCGAAAGGGAGCAUGCCAAAACCAGUUUGCACUGUGAGUAAAAGCACUCAGACGCCACCAAGAGAUACUACCUCUCCCUCUUUGUCCUUAAGGAAGUGCAUGGCUCAUUCCCAGCCACAGAACGGGCCCCUGUCCUCGCUGCCUCAAGAGGAGGGGCAGGUUCUGGACCUCUCUGUCAGGGCAUGUCCGAUCGAACCAAAACAGGAAUACCCCAGUCCUCACCAGGACAACGUGCUGGACCUGUCUGUGCCUGGCGUUAGGAAAAAGUGUGUUCAGUCAGACCGAAAAGUAGCCUUAGAGUCGAGCCAAGGUGCAUCCAGCACUGCGUUGUCUCUGGGUGUCGAAUGCGCUCCGAGUUUAGAUUCCAAACUCCUGGGCAGCCUGACCUCGCUGGAGUUCAGCCGGCAGCACAAGUGGCUGGUUGACACCGGCGUGGCUGGACCCGGCUCCCUGGGCCAGGAGGCUUCUCUCGGCGGAGCUGGAAACCUGGAGAUAGUAAGCACAUCGCAGACGGCCAAGGUCAUCGUCUCGGUGAAAGACGCCAUUCCCGCCAUCCUCUGUGGGAAAAUUAAAGGCCUUUCCGGAGUCUCGACCAAGAACUUCUCCAUCAAACGGGACGGCAGCCAGGCGGCCUCUCUGCAGCACCUCUACGGGAUGCCGUCAUCGUCUCAUGGGGAGCAAGACCCCAACAACCCGCAUAAAAAGGUCACUAAAAACAGAGCCAUCAAGCUAAAGAAGGUCAGCUCCCAGGAGAUCCACUUCCUUCCAAUUAAGAAGCAGAGACUCGCAGCACUACUGCCCAGGAAGUGAGAGUGCUCACCAGAGGGGGGAGAGUGUGUGGGGGGGUUAAUGGCUGCAUGGCUCUCCGCCAUCUCCCCAGACAGUAUAACAACACUCACAUGUGGGCAUUCUGCACAGAGAAUCAAACAUUUAGCUGUCCAGUCAGAGAGCGUGGCUCUAAAAGGGGGCGGAGCUUAGUGUGAGACAUGAACUGGAGAAAAGGUUUGUUUUUCUCUGAACUGCUGUGUUUUUUAGUGAUGUAUGAGCCUUCGUGUUGUGUAUGGCAGCUUCAUUCCCUCCUUGUGUGUGUCUCAGUAAAUGGGAGACGCUGAUUCUGUAACAUGUCACAUAAACUCAAACAAUCCCACGUCUGACUGUUGAGUUUCAGGAAAGACGCAUGGCCUCCAUUCCUCCAUCCGACUUUUCUUUCCACAUGUACGUUUUUAUACAAGUGCACUGAAAACCUCAAAAUGUGUAUCCUGGGGUGGGGUGGGGGGGGCUUACGUGACCAAGACUGUUCGAACAUGUCGCUGGAAAUUCCCACUGGCAUCGAAGCUCACUGGAGCAAACCGCUCCUUCCUGAUUGGUUGGAGUUCAGCACGACAGGCUAAUGAUGACUUGGCAAAGACUGCGUAAAUGCAUCAAACCAAUCUUGCCAAUGGCUGACAAUUGGAAAAAAAAAAAAGAAAUGCUUUGAUUUUUGCUCAAAAGCAAAGUCUUAGGAAAUAGUUUUCACAUGUAAGCGGAGCGUUCCAUGAGCCGAUCGGCGCGCCGGGAAAACCAGCGGCUCCGCUUUUGUCGCUCGAUGUCUUGCAAAUGUAUUUACAUCCCUUCCGUUUUUACCACGUUUUGUCACUUUGCAGCCACAAACUUCAGCCUAUUUCACUGGGAUCGAGCAACAUAACAAAAUGCACAAAACUUUGUUAAAUUGAAAAUGAGACAUAUUUUUGGCAUUUUUGCUGAAUUAAAAAUGUGGCACGCAAAUGUCUUUAGUUUACUGCAGCCGCAAAUCUUUUAAAGCCAAGAUUGACCAGUUUUCAGCUCAAUUCGUCUCCCCGUUUAACUCCAAACAGCUUCCCAGUCUCUGCCGUCUGUGGUGUCCCCUGUAAGGCCUGUGACACACUGCAAGCAGGACAUUCAUGGCUUCCUUUCAACAGCAGCUUUCUUUCACCUCUUCUGUUUGUCUAAUAGUCCCGUCGACAGAUUCUCCCACCUGAGCCGUGGGUCUCUGCAGCUCCUCCGGAGUUACCAGGGGCAUCGUUGCUGCUUCUCGGAUAAUUGCUACCCGUACCCAGCCUGUCUCUUUGGGUUGGUAGGUUUUGCAGCAGUACCGUCCCUCUCCCCAUUCUCAGAUGGUGUCUUGAACAGAGACGACCAGAGCGUGGGAUUAUUGUUCCAGAACGUAAAUAUGCUUUGAUGGUCUCCGCGACGUUUCCCUCGGCUUGUUUCGAUUUGUAACAAACGCUUUCUAGAUAUGUAUUCGUAAGGCAAAGAGACAAAGGCAUAACAAGUAUCUCGUAUUCCACAGCUAUGUGUUGCUCUGUGUUAGCCUCACAUAAAAACCUAGAUGAAACGAACGGACACACUGUGGUUGGAACCUGACAAAACGUGCAACAUUUCAAGGAGAUUGAGGACUUUGCAGGUUCUGUAGCCAAAGCUGAUAAAAUGCCUCCCAGCAAAUAUGUAAAAGCCUGUAACUCCUUAUUGUUCGUUAACUUAUUGACAUUUAUUUAACCUCCGCAGUCAAGAAAUGAUUUCCUUUACAUCGGUGGGGGAGAAAAAGCUGUAUGUGUUUGUUUUGUGUGUGAUUAGUAUGUUAUUAGUAUUGAUGCAACUCCAUCCUGCUCUCUUAUCAAACAUGUUGUGGAAAUGUUGUUUGUUUUUUUUUUCUUCCCGUGGCGGUUUGGACCAGAGCUGUGAAUGUGGGAUGUGUUGUUGAUCCGAGUGCACUUUGUAAUAGUUAAAAAAAAAAAAAAAAAACUCCCAGGGUGUCCGUCCUGCCCACUCUGCUAAAACGUCACCGCGCCGUUUAUGAUCUGAAGAGCUGUGUAAAUGUGCGAGCAGCGGGCCAAGAACUAACAGCGGCCACAUGCCGACUGUCUGGAUGAACUGAAAUGGAAAAUACCUCCGAGCUCCACGUUUUUCCAUUUUCUUUUAUUUAUACCUUUGUUGUUUAGUGAUCCCACAACAUCUGACGCCUGCGUUCCUUUCACGAGAGAGCGAGUUGUGCUGAUCACUUUGCGCGGACUGGAUCUCCCUCUAAUUUAUUAUUUGUGCACCUUUUUUAAUUUAUGCAGAUAUGUUUUAUGUCCCAGACGGCCAGGCGGGAGAGCAGAAAGCAUUUUGUAUGCCGGCCUCUCUCAGCUCCUGACAGCAGUUUAAGAUAAUGAAGAAUCACAUGUGGAAAUGUGUAUUUAAUUAUUUGCUAAGUGUCAUGUAUGUGUGCUUUUUUUUUCUACAUGGGAGUGAACAACAUUUUUUCAAGUCCA